AUGCCCCAUAGCUGUGAAUCAAUGCCUGUGGAGAUGGUUAUUGUCCUCAUUUCAGCCUUGGCUGUUGCCCAGGUUGUUCUUGUUCAGUGGAAACAAAGCCACUGUUGGUCUUGCAAUGUGAUCACACUGCUGCAGAUGUGGGUUGUUCCUCUUUAUUUCACCAUCAACCUUUGCUAUUGGAGAUUGCUGUCCUUGUGAGGAAUGCCCUCAAUUAUUACUGGCAUCAGUUUCAGAGCAGCCCACAAGCCUCUCUUGGGAACAACAACACAGCUGGUCUACAAAUGGUUCCUCCCAGUCUAUGAACUGGGUUAUACAAUUGGAAUUGUGGAUUAUCUAGCCAUAAUAUUUACCAUGUUUGGAUUUAAUUUAUUCUUUAGAAAAGAGUCUGGUGACUCCAUGGAUAUUGGUGUGACACUGCUUUUUUAUGUACUGUACGUGGGAGUAAUGGGAUAAGACUUUGCAGAGAUUUGUUCUGGCUACAUGGCUUCCACCAUUGCUUUUUACAACACCAGUGGCAUACCAACAAGAAAUUUUUGCAAUGACAUCUGCAGAGUCUGCGGGCAGAAAAACUUUGUGGAUAUAAACAAAGAAGGGAUCAUUGAAAAUACCUACCAGCUGUCCUGUAAUCAUGGGUUUCAUGAAUCUUUCAUCUGCAGUUGGUGUAUUGUUGGCAAGAACCAGACUUGCCCAUACUGCCCUGAGAAAGCUGAUUUGCAAGGGAUGUUAAGUAGCCCAUACCCUCCCCUAUUUUAUGGACAACUUCUGGACUGGCUCUGCUACCUAGUAGUUUGGCAAUUGGUCCUUAUAGCUAUCAUCCGAGGCAUUAAUUACUCACUGGGUCUAGAAGAGAAAUCAAAUUAUUAG